AUGUACGGAAAGAGCGGCUGGCUGAUGCGAUCCUUCGAGGAGUGGCCUGAAAAUUUUGAACAAACAUCUUCGUUCCAACGCCCAGGCGCCAGUCUUUUGCUACCUGUCGCCAGUCAAGCAGGUGCUAUCCGUCUGGGAAGGAAUCCGGACGAUGAAGUCUUAUCGCGUUCGCUUAGAAAUUUGGACCGAAUUCCUGGUACCGAAUACCAUGCGGUUGGUGUUUUAUACGUAACACGACAACAGGAGACUGAAGCUCAAAUUCUGGCUAAUGUUCAUGGAUCUGAACGAUACGCGCGCUUUUUGAAGUGGGUGGAUAUGUUUCACUUCGCAUACAUAAUAUUUCCUAACAGAGAGAGAAAGAGCAGUGUGGGUGAUGCACAUGUUGUGCUCUCUUCAUGGUAUGGAUAUGCUUCGUCGCGUACCACGUUCGUUCUGUGA